AUGGCGGACAUCGAGGAGCGGGUUCAGCUUAUUUUCGACGAGCUUUCCGUGCUCAAUUCAAUUUUUUGUGGCAAGAACGAGUUUCUUGUAAACGGAAGUCAACUCGAUGCAAAUAUUGAUUCAUUUUGCCGUAGUUUAGUUGAGGGUAAAGUUGAAACCUUGCAAUUGUCUAUCAAGAUUCCCCAUACUGAAACGAAGCUCAAUGUCUCACUAAGCAAAAAUUACCCAAAUUUUAUGCCAGAAAUAUCAAUAUCGUCUACGCAGAUAAUGAAAAAGAAGACAGCUGAAAUACAGAACUUAUUGCGAGCUUACGGCAAUGAAUAUUUGGCGAAACUUUCAGAACCAAUAAUUUUAAAACUUGUUGAAAGGCUGAAGAUGAAAUAUCGCAGAUCCGUGACUGUGUGGAUGAAACUGAUUCCCGUCGCCAUCAAAAGUACAAAAUUAAAAGAUGACACGAUGUGUAUUUGUGUGUUGAGGUUUGACCACAUGAGAUCACGUAAGAAAUAUUUAAAGGUGAUUUCAAAUUGGAUCAAAGAAUUCCAUCUGAACUGUAUUAUUUUGUUCUGGGAAAAGCAUAUUUUUGCAAUAAUUGAAGGAGUGAGAUUAGGUAUCAAUAAAUACUUAAAACGUGCGAGGACGUGUACAGUUGACGUUGAUUCAGCCGGAAGACCUUGCAAGGAAAGAAUGAUGAAUGUUUUGUGUCAGAUAGAAAUCACUUCUCAGAGGAUUGCACCAGGAUUUCAGAUAAUUGAAUGUACAAGUUUACUAGAAUUUCAACAGAUAUUUACAAAUCAUGAAUUAAUUGAUGUUUACCAAACUUAUGUAAAAAAAUAAUCACCAA